AUGACAAUCAUUAAUAAAAAAGAUCAACAUCUUUUCGUAUUAAUUCAUGGAUUAUGGGGUAAUUAUAAGCAUAUGGAUUCAUUAAAACAAAUAUUUAAAUCAUAUUUUAAAAAUGAUCAGAUUGUUAUUUUCACACCUGCAGAAAAUGCCAAAUUUAAAACAAUUGAUGGUAUUGAAUUAGUUGGAUAUCGUACCUUGAUUGAAUUAUGUCAAUUCAUUAAAUCUUAUUAUAAUUUAAAUCCAAAUUCAAGAUUUACAAAGAUUAGCUUUUUAGGGUAUAGUAUGGGUGGUCUAGUUUCUAGAUUCGUCAUUGGUAAGAUGCAGAAUGAAUGUUAUGAAUUUUUUAAAGAUAUAGAGCCAUAUUUAUUCAUUACUAUGGCUACUCCGCACAUUGGAGUUAAUUUUUAUAAUCCAACUUCCAUUGUUAAAAUCAUACUUUAUUCAUUUUUAAAAUUUUUAGGUUCAAAUGUACUGGGGAAAUCAGGUCAUGAACUUUUCAUUAGUGAUGGUAAUUUGAAUAAAGAACCAAUUUUAGUUCAAUUAUCAAAGGGUGACUAUUUGAAAGGUUUAGAACGUUUUAAAUAUAGAAUAGCAAUGGCAAAUACUAAGAAUGAUCGCACGGUUGCAUUUUAUACUUCUUUUAUUACUAACGUGGACCCAUUUAUUCAAUAUAAUCACACUUUGAAAUUUCAAUACGAAUCACAUCCGCCUGGAAAAUAUGAUAAAUUCCAUUCUUUACCAAGAAUUUUAGAUAUGGAUAAACUAGAUCCAAAAUUAUUGUAUUCACCUUUCAUAAAGAUAUCCAAUCUCAAUGAUGAUUACGCUUCCAUUGCUUUACAUUAUUGGAAAUGGAUUUAUAUGAUUCCAAUGCUUAUUUUUAUUAUUUGUGUUAUAUUGCCAAUCGCAUUUGUAUUGAAUUUAUCUGCCACUAUAUACAGUUAUAUUAUCAAUUACAAAUAUGCUAAAAUGUUAAGAGAUGGAGAUUUACCAAAUUUGGUUCAAAAUAAAAUUUCAAAUACUGAUAAAUUAAAAGAUUUGGUGGUUGAUACUUAUAGUACAAUAACAAUAUCUAAUACAGGAACUAUUGUAAAUGAAGAAGAAGAAGAAGAAGAAGAAGAAUGUACUGAAACUUCGUCAUUAUCAUCUAAUGAAUUACACUUAGAUAGUACUCACCAUACAGAUGACUCCGAAUGGUUAAAUUUUAUAUCUAAGUAUUCAAAUAAUUGGAAAAAUCCAAAUUCCGAAAAAUUUACAAAAUUACCAUUUGAUAAUAAUAGAUUGGUUAUUUUAAAAAAUUUAAACACAUUAUCUUGGAUUAGAAUUCCUGUUUAUGUUAAAUCAGUAAAUGCACAUGCAGGAAUUGUAGCAAGACGUGGUUUAGAUAAUCAUACUGCAAAGACAAGUUAUGCAUCUCUGCAAUUUACAAGCCAACUUCUAGAUUUCCUAUUUAAGAGAUGUGAUGACUAUACAUCCAUCAGUGAUGAUAUUGUAUAG